AUGGAAGAGCGACAGUCACAGGGUGGGACUGCCACAACUGCAACAACUGCCACGACUGGUGCGAGAAGUGAUUCAGACCAGAUAGAGACACUGAAGGAGCGACUGAAAGAGUUAGAGCAGUUGGAACAGCAGCGACAGGUGGAGCACUUGGAGUUGCAACAACUUCGACGAGACUUGGAAGAGCUCCAGGGUCAUUCCAGAGAGGUGGAGGCGCUUGCUGCUGAAAGAGCUGCUGAGAACGACCGUUUGGAGACUGAUCUCAAAGAGAUGCGAGAAGAAGCUGAUGCAAAUGCUGCCAAAUUGGGACAAUUUCGUGAAUAUCAGUCAAAGGCAUUUGAAUUAAAGCACACCAAUGAUGUAUUGAGCGAACAGUUGGAGGCCUUGCAGGACGAAAUGCAAAGGAUGCAAAGUGACUACGGUGACGAAGUGGAGCAACUGAAGAAGGAAAUCUCCAUUUCACAAAAUGAUCGUCGAACUCAUCGGCAAGCUGUUGAAGAGCAUGUUGAAGCUAAGAUCAGUCAUCUCCGAAAGGAGAAAAAUGCAGAGCUUCUUGAAGCUUUACAGCAAACUGAGGAGAAGACCAAGAAGAUCAAAGACCUUGAAGCAGAGCGAGAUCGUCUAAGACUCAAAAUUCAGGCGCAGGAGCUGGAGCUUCUUGAAAUUCAAGCUUUGCAUACUUUGCAAACAGAGGCAGGACCUCAGAGUGAGGCCGCAUCUAGCGCAUCUAAUGGCGCCUCUAACGAGCGAGUGAUUGCUCUGCGAGAACAGAGCCAAUUUGCUUUUGAUGAGAUGGCCAAGCGUUUGGUAGAGAUUCGUGAAGAAGGCGAAACAGAACGAAAACGUUUGCAAGCUGACCUCGAGCAGCAGCUGAAGCAACGUGCAGCAACUUUGGUGGAGGUGCAGAAUGAUAGAGAUCGAGCCGAGACGCAUGCUGAAGCUUUGGAGCAAUCCAACAAAGACUUGUCUCAGCAGCGUGAUGAACUUGUGAGACAGCUGGGUGAAGAAAGGAAACGCACUCAAGAACUACAAGAGGAGCUUGAUCUUCAACAUGAGCACCAAAAGACUCAGCAGCAACGUUAUGCAGUUCUUGCUUUAGUUCAUGCACUACAGAAAAGCACAGUCAUGCCGGCCUUCUCACUCAUUCGAAGAAGUAUAGAUGCCAGUCAUGGCAGAAACACUUCGCCCAACAUAAGUGAGCAGAAAGAGGAAUUCGAAUCAUUCGAUGUUGAAGAAAUGGACGCUGUCGAUACCUCUGUUGGUGAAGCAGGCAGUGAGGAAGAGGAGAGUGACGACGAACCUGAGGACUCUUAUGGAACGGACAAUGCAGGUCAGGAAGAAUGGACUGAGUUAAUGAAAGCCAACACGUUUGAAGCUUGCUUCGUUGGAGCUGACACUAUCGGGCAAAACACUUCAAGAGCGGCAUCAGAUCUGCAAGAACACGUGAGCAACAUCACAACCUCACUGGAGUUUUUUCCGCAGAUCUACCCAAGUCUUUUGCAAGAAUUAGACAAAAGUCCAAAAGGUUACGGGAAAGAGCUUCGGAAGUUCAUCCUUGUUAUGCAGAAGGCUACUGAUCGAGCAGUAAGGAUUGCUUCAAAGGUUGUCGAGCUUUGUGAGCAAAACGCUGAUGUCAUUGCGAAGUCCAAAAACUUGUUCCGUUUGAAGUCUUUGGAUGGGCAUCUCAAAAGCCUUAGAACGGCUGGGCAGCAUGAAGUGCUUUUGCGUUUUUACAAGAAUCAACUAGCGGCUCAAAAGGAAGCAUAUGAGGAUGUUUUGGACCAAUAUGGCGCUCAGUGCGAGCAGAACACAGAGCUCGAAGAAAAGCUAGAUUCCUUGGGGAAGGAGCGGCAAGAACUUCUGAAUGAACUAGCUUCCUUCAAAUCGAAUCCCAAGGAGACUGGACAGCGUGAAAUCUCCAGCGAAGUUGAACAACUUCGGAUCCAGCUUGAAGAUGCAAAGAAGCAGAUACUCAGAUUGGAAUCAAGGGAGCAGCAAGCCAACUGCGAUACAAGCUUGGAACAAGGGGCUUCACCAACAGAGAGUGGUGCUGCCAGUCAGUCAAGCAAAGGAAAAGGCAAAAGCAAGAAAGGUCCAGGACCACCACCAUCCACAGGAGGAGUUCAGGCGGCAGAAGAUCCAGCUACAGAAAAUGCUGAAGCGGCGCAGGAAACACCUCCAGCUGAUGAUGAAGUGAGCUCUAGCCCUGCCCCUGCAAAGGCAAAGGGGAAAGGCAAGAAGGGUCCAGGACCACCACCAUCCACAGGAGGAGUUCAGGCGGCAGAAGAUCCAGCUACAGAAAAUGCUGAAGCGGCGCAGGAAACACCUCAAGCUGAUGAUGAAGUGAGCUCUAGCCCUGCCCCUGCAAAGGCAAAGGGGAAAGGCAAGAAGGGUCCAGGACCACCACCAUCCAAAGGAGGAGUUCAGGCGGCAGAAGAUCCAUCAGCUACAGAAAAUGCUGAAGCGGCGCAGGAAACACCUCAAGCUGAUGAUGAAGUAAGCUCUAGCCCUGCCCCUGCAAAGGCAAAGGGGAAAGGCAAGAAGGGUCCAGGACCGCCACCAUCCAAAGGAGGAGUGGAACAGCCACAGACAGAUGAAAACACAAGCCAAGACACAGUUCCUCCUGCUGGCGCUUCUUCUGGCAAGGGAGGUAAAGCUCCCCCGAAGGGCGCUUCAAAAGGGAAGAGCAAAGGGAAAUCGGCAUUGCCCGACAUUGAUCCCGGUCCUGCUCCACCAAAAGACAUGGUUGGGAAGAAGUUCCAUUGGACAAAUGUGCUUGGCAAUCGCUUUGCUGGUUCCAUGUUCGAAAGGAUCGUUGAGGACUUGAACUCUUCAGCACAGCCAACCGAGCAAGCCAACGACCAGUUGGAACGGGCCUCAAAGACGCUCCGCGUGAAGUUGGACGUCGGGGUGCUAACAAACUUUUUCUUCAAGAGGAAGGAAGAGGCUGAGACAAGCACUGAAGUCAAAGAAAGCAAGAAGAAGACGGUAGCUCAAUGUUUGAGUAUGCAGCGCAGUCAAAAUAUCGAGAUCUUCCUGAACGGUUGUGGCAUCAACAUAUCCCAUGUGAAGAGCUCCGUUUUAAACUUGGAUGAAAAGGCAAUAGAUGCUGACAAUUUGGGAAAAGUCAUCGAAAUUCUUCCUCAAGGAGAGGAAUUGCAAGAGCUCAUGGAGUUCAAGAAAAAUAACGAUCCAAAGGUGUUGCCUUGGGGUCGUGCAGAAGAAUUCCUUUUGCAGCUGCUGGAGAUUCCGAACUUCAAGAUCCGAGCAGAAUGCUGUUUGACCAAGAGCAGGUUUGACCCUAUCUGCAAUGAAAUCCUCCAAGAUAUUGAGCUGUUGCACAGAUGUUUGUCCAAUGUGGUCGAUUCGUCUUGGUUGCCAAACAUCUUUGCACUGGUGAUGCAGAUGGGUAAUUACCUGAAUCAUGGCACAAACAAAGGGCAGCAACGUGGAUUCACCCUAGAUACCUUGCCGUUGCUCACUCGAGUUGAAGGGUUCCAUGACAAGUCGUAUUCACUGAUCCGCUUUCUGAUGGAUACAUUGGAAUCCGAUCGCAAAGUGAAAGAUGGAGCCAUGAAAGAUUUGGAGCUCUGCGAAUCAUCUGCAAAGCUUGACUUCGAUGAAUCGGUGAGGCGCCUCAAUGAGAUUGAGAAGAAGGUCACAUUGGUGGAGGGAAGUUUGAAAGAACUGAAAGACGACAAGACUGACACAGAUGGAUUUCAGACGGUGAUGCAAGCCUUCGUCACAGCUGCACAAGCGACUCUCUCAAAGUUGAAAGAAAAAGUUGAUGAGGUUCAAGUCCUUUCAAAGCGGAGCUGCGACCUUUUUGCGGAGAAGCCUAGAACUCCAACUGCUGAAACACUGGGCAAACUUGCAGCUUUCCGCAAGGACAUGGAAGAUGGCAGAAGGCAGAAUUUGAUGGCCAAGGUAAAAAAAGAAAAAGCUGAGAAAAGAAAGGCUGAGCAGCAAGCCAAAGCCCAGGCAAGGAAGUCAGUGCACCAGGUCGAGCAGGCCUCAGAGGCUUCAACCUCCAAGCGGACAAUGCAGGUGAAAGUUCCCGAGAAGCCUUCCACAAUCCACAUGAACGCGAAUUUGCAGCGUGGAGCUGCGAACACUGUGAAUACCACUUUGUUGCGUGAGGCCCUGGCCCUGGCAACUAGCACCACCUCUGCAGGAAGAAUGAGCAUGGGGCUGUUCACAAGCGCAACUGGUGAGAGGAAAACCAUGGGGCAUCCGGGUCUUGGCCGACAAACUCUGGAUCCAUCGAUGUCGGGACCCUCGGAUCCGAGUUCACUCCUUGAAGCCUUUCGCCGCGAACUCGCAGCGAGUCAAGCGAGUCAAGCAGCGAGCGCAGCGAGCGCCGACGCUGCCAGUGCUGCCAGUGCUGCCAGAGCAGAUGAUGCUCCACCGGCAGCCGAUGCCCCAGCCAAAGUCAAGGGCAAGCCCAGCGUGUCAAGCGAGUUUCGAGAUGUUCCUGAUACCGGUGCCGGAGAUGGAGCUGCUGGAGGCCCUGGAGCCAGUGACGUUGGUGCCUCUGGCAUCCAGAAAGGUGGGGCAGUGGCUUCAGUGGCACCUGGUACAUUUCGGCCUGAAGCGAGACCGUCAGCUUCGGCAGAUGCUCCACAUGGUGUAGGUGCCAAGGAUGCUGCGAAUGCUACGGAUGCUUCACACCGUCACCGGGCGGAAAAAACUCAGACAGUUGAGAGGGCAGAAAAGUUAGAACGCCAUGAAGGAGUCGAAAACGUAGAAAACCUGAAGCCAAAGCAGCUUCAGAUGAACUCUUCGCCGAAGGAACCGCUUGAGACAGAAGUGAACGAAUCCCAACACAGUCUUCGGAAGGCUGAAGAUGCACCCCGCAUCAAACUGCUAGAAGUCGAUAGUGAGGACACUUCGAUGCCAAGUGCACUGGCCGUCUCAAGACAUACUUCUAUUAUGGAAGGCCAGCGGAUGUCUGUCGGUGAUCCAAGAAGCAGAACAAAUCAGGAGCUGCGUGUGCGUGAUGCAGGGAGCGGGCGACUGACAGUGGGUCACUCCGGCCACCCCGGUGUUUCUGCGCGUGGAGUUGGAAGUCCAAGUCGAGCCAAAGCCAAAGCGAAAGCGGGGACGCAACGCAAAUGCUUUGGUGGAGACCUCUUGAAGAUCACCAAGUCAGGUCGCCUGAGCCUCGGGCCUCGCAGUGCAGCUGCCCUUGCUGCUGCGGAAGCUGCUGAUGAACGGGAAAGCCUAGCCAACACACUCCGACAGGCCAAACAGGAACGCAUGUCUUCUGGGGCAGCUCCUCCACGCGAAGUGCUUCUUUUGGAAGAGAUGCCCGUCUCCAUGGAGCCUCGAGAAAGCCUUGCGAACAAAGUCAGACAGGCAAAGGCCAAAGCCAAGAGUGGAGGAGCAUCGCCAAAGAAUGUGGGCUCCAAGACUCGAUGA